AGAGGAACACAGAGAUUAGUGUGGUGGAGCCCAACUACAAAUAAUUGGGAGUUGUGGCCUUCAUACGAUGUACAACUCAUUCAAGAAUGGCAUCACGGUGUGGCAAGUUGAGAAAGUCCUGAAAGCCCUGCACAACUUGUUUCAUUGUGCACCUGUAAGGAGAGAAGACUGUGUUAGUGACUAAGUGUGAUACAUUUCCUCUACCAUUUUGUGGACAUCGUUGGCUGGAAAACCUUCCAGCAGUGGAGAAAGCCAUUGAAAUUUGGCCAUAUACUGUCACCUAUGUGGAUCAAGUCGAAGCCAAGAAGCUCCCCAAUCCAAGGUCAUCAUCAUAUGACACCAUCGCAGAAGCCCGGAUGGAUCCCAUUAUCCUGGCGAAGUUGCACUUCUUCAUGACUAUCUCAAGAAGUUUUCAGCUAUUUCUCAGCAAGUACCAGACAGAUGCCCUGAUGAUUCCCUUCCUCGGCAGAGAUUUGGAGGAUCUGAUCAGGAGCCUUCUCAGACGCUUCAUAAAGCAAGAUGUCCAGGUUGAUGUUUCCCCAGUAAAGCUGGUCAAGCUUGAUGUGACAGACCAAAAGCUUUGGGUCAGUCCAAAGCAAGUGGACAUUGGCAUGGGAGCCACAGCUGUCCUCAAGGGAAUGCCAGGCAGUCAGAGUGGUGGAAGUGAGCGUGAUGUGUUUCAGUUCAUGCGAGACAGCCAGAGUGCUCUGUCAAAAAUUUGUCAGAACAUUCUAUUGGAGUGCCCCCUGAAAUACCCCGCUGACCGAAAUAUGAUGUGCCUGGACCCCCAAAAGACCAGACAGGUGCCUGCAAAAAAUGAAGGUGAUGAGAUUGCACAACAAUUUCAGAAGUUCCUGUUCACUGAGGCCAGAGGAGAGGAUUUCAUGGCCUUCGGUGCAUUGGAUGGAAAAUCGAGAGUUGACAGCUUCCUGCAUAAGGCCAUGAAUGGAUAUGCAGUACUUUGGAGCUUUGUGGAAAAGCUGCUGCUUCUGUCCCAUGGACAGAAGCAGCAGUGGAAUGUGGAUUCUCCAUAA